UAAAACUUGUUUUGAUUCAUACGCACGACCACAAGUCACAACACUGGCUCAAUACAUUACUCAGCAUCUCAAUCUGCAGCCUAGUCUGUGUCGUGAAGCACGUUUGAGUACACGUUUCUGGCUUCAAUUUGUUUUAAUUAUCGAUCUCUAGUCAAUUUUUAUAUUUUAUUCUGGAAUACCUCAAUAAUUAAGUGUAAACAUUGUUUAUGCAAGUUUUUGGUUUACAAGCAACAAUGUGUUUUUUGUUAAAAGUUUUUGUCGCAUUUUUAUUCAUCUGCUCGUCGAUCGCAAAAAAUACAUCAGACGUCAUUGGAUUUCCGGAAUCGGAAGAAAAUCCUGACUUGAAAAAUAAAGAAAAUCGUCAACCUGUAUUCUUACCAGCAAUGUGUCCGGUCAAUGAGUUAUUCUAUCCGGGAGAUCAGAAAGACGAUUGGAUAUGCGAUUGCAGACCAGCGCACUUGUACCACCCGGCGUCAGAUUUGUGCUGGCCAGCUUUCCGACAAGGCCCAUGUCCAGAAGGGCAGUAUCUAACUUUACCACAAGACUCUCCGAUACCAGUAUGCCAGAACAAUCCAUGUGCCAUCGACAGGCAAGUACAGUGGAAUGGAAAAUGCGAGGUUCUAGGGAACUCGGCACCUUGUAACCACUUGUUCCCCACUCCGGCUGCACUAGGAGUCAACGCCACGACACUGGUAGUCAGCUGUGUGCGAUUGUCUUUCAAUAACCGGUUUACUGAACGCGUUACCACCUCUGUUUGUCCGCCUGGAUGCAAAAGGAGCAUCAAUGGUAAAUGUCCUGUUAUAUAUUAAUAAAUAUUAAAAAAAUUACUGA